UCAAGCAUUGCAAGUUGUUUCUUUGCGGGCUUGUGUUUUAAGGAAUUGCUAGUACCGCCAUCAGUUGCACUAUGUCGAAAGAAUCACACAUAAACCAAACAGUGAAAGUCGAAAACAUAUUCAUGGCCUAUGAUGACAUAAAAGUAGAGGAAGAAGUACUCGAAGAUGGACUGGUUGAGGAACUGGAAAGUAACCUUAAGGUCAAGUGCGGGGAAGUAUUCGCUUUACUCGGAGGAAAUCUCAUCUUGGUGUGUGCAUUUUGCAAUGUGAACUUCCAUGAUAAUUUGCAUCUCAUGGGAGAACAUUUGCGGAAGAAUCAUUAUGAUGAGUUCUUCAAGAAGGAGGACUACAACCAUGAGGAAACUCUAGAACUAUCUGUGGAAACACCGUUCGAACCUGUCGAUUCGCCUGUUUUAACGGAUACCGGGAACGAGUCAAAUGAUAGCACCCAAAUAAGAUCCAAUAAGGUAAAGCGUUUUCCAUGCGAAAGCUGUGGAGCUACCUAUACAAAUCAGAGAAACCUGAUGAGGCAUCAACUGAAAAAGAAAUGCGAUACAGGCCAAGCUGACAGUAAAUGGUCCUGCUUACCGUGUGGACGGCAUUUCAUUAACAAGAAGGGCCUUUCCAACCAUCAACGUCAUCACGAACAAUUUGUUCCGAAGCCGCAAAACCCAAAACUUUAUUGCGACCUCUGCGAUCGCUACUUUAUGAGCAGGAAGAGCUUCCACAGUCACCUUAGUGAACACGAGACCCUGCCCCAAGUGUUACAGGACGACCUCAACAUCCUGAAAUGCAAGUUUUGUUACCAAAAGUUUCCAAAAUAUGCUGACCGAAAAGCACAUGAAAGCACACACACAGAAAGUCGCCCGUAUCAGUGCUUUCACUGCGGAAAAGGAUUUCCUUCGCACCAGAGCCGCAGGUAUCAUACCCGCAACCACACCCCCAAGUUCCGAUGUGAUCAUUGCUCCAAAAUGUUCCGCUGCAAUAGGGACCUCAACCGCCACAUAGAAUGCCAUCUAAGAAUGCGGAAAAAGUCAAACGAUAUCCUCCAAAUAAAAUCCACUAAUUUGUCCAAUGAGGAAAAGCUAAGUUCCCCGGAAAAGGCGAAAAGGCGACGCGCAAAUAAGGAGGGAGAAUACUCGGGUAGGCGGCCGGUUAAAAGUAGGCGAUUAGGUACAGAAAUUGCCAAAUCGAGUGUUGAACUGGAUGUAAAAGCCGAAAAUGAGGUGGUCGACUUCAAUUAAUCUAAAUCAUGCCAAGAUGACAUACGACCGACUACUGU